ACAAGCUCUUGGCAACUUGAUGUCUAGGAGCCAGGCAGCUGCUUCCUGAGACUGCAGUUCCCUGACUGCAGUAAAGUUACUUCCAGCUGAGUGCCAUGUAACUCUCCAAUCAAGCCUAACCAUCUGAAAACACCCACCUGAAUUCUCUGCACUCAACAGAGCAGCCCAAGGAUAAACCCUCCAGUAAAUCCUAUGUGACUGAAGCUGUAGGAACCUGACUUCCCCUCUUUUCACCACCCAAAGGAGAUGGAGCUCGGAGAAAUCGCAGUGGCUGGGAGUCCUGGCGAGAGGAAUUUGUACGCAGAGCAGAAGCCACGAACCCAGGACCUGCUGGGGAAGCAUGGAAAGCAAAUCCACCGAGUCUUCAAGUAUCUCACAGGAGAAAUGAAAGAAUACGGAGAGUGGAUGAAAAAUAAGCCCCUGAUGGUUCAGCUGGUGGACUGGAUCUUGCGAGGCACCUCCCAGGUGAUGUUUGUCAACAACCCCCUCAGCGGGCUGUUCAUUUUAGUGGGGCUUUUCAUCCAGAAGCCCUGGUGGAUGCUCACGGGCUGCGCUGGAUCAGUUGUGUCAACCUUAACAGCACUCGCCCUCAGCCAGGACAGAUCAGCCAUUGCAGCAGGGCAGCACGGCUAUAACGGGAUCUUGGUGGGACUGCUCAUGGCUCUCUACUCUGACAAAGGGGACUACUACUGGUGGCUUCUUCCUCCUGUGGCACUUACAUCCAUGGCCUGUCCAGUCCUGACCAGUGCUUUGGGAUCCAUCUUCAGUAAAUGGGACCUUCCCGUUUUCACUCUGCCCUUCAAUAUUGCAGUGACUUUGUACUUGGCAGCCACAGGACACUACAACCUCUUCUUCCCUACAACCCUCAUCAAGCCUGUAGCAUCAGUGCCCAAUAUUACCUGGACUGCAAUCAAUGUGCCUCUGCUCUUGCAAUCCAUCCCAGUCGGUGUUGGGCAAGUGUAUGGCUGUGAAAACCCCUGGACUGGAGGUAUCUUCCUUGUUGCACUACUUAUCUCCUCCCCACUUAUUUGCUUGCAUGCUGCAAUUGGAUCUGCAGUGGGGAUGUUUGCAGCACUGAGCAUCGCAACACCCUUUGACAGCAUCUACCUUGGCUUACACAAUUACAACUGCGCGCUCGCAUGCAUUGCAAUUGGAGGCAUGUUCUACGCCCUGACCUGGCAGACUCACUUGCUGGCACUUGCUUGUUCAUUAUUCUGUGCCUACUCUGGAGCAGCUUUUACUAAUGCCCUAUCUGUGCUUGGACUGCCACUCUGUACCUGGCCUUUUUGCUUCUCUGCACUUCUCUUCUUGCUGAUAACUUCAGACAACCCAGCCCUCUACAAAAUCCCCCUCUGCAAAGUCACCUACCCAGAAGCCAACCGGAUCUACUACCUGAGAAUGAAGAGAAGAGCAUCAGAGAGCAGAAGAGAAGAGCAGAAACGAAAGGAGCAGAAACCUUCUGGCAGCUCAAAAAUAAGCACAGGAGACACCCCCCUCCUGCAGAGCCACCGCACUGCUCUGCAGAUGGAGUGGUCCUGAAUGAGGAGAUUAAUGGCAGAGAGGUCUGGAUCAGGGCAGCACCAGCAAGAAAGGCAUAAACCUAUACCCCAUAAACCUAAUGGUCAAAACCUCACCAUGGAAAACAGUGUUGAUGUCAAGACAGAAAAUAACAGGGAAAGAAAACCAAGAAAGCAAAGUCCCUUGAGCAAAGGUGGAAAGAGAAUCUGCAGAGCUGUUGGGUACAUCACAGGAGACAUGAAGGAAUUUGGAGCCUGGCUAAGAGACAAGCCUAUCGUGAUCCAGUUUAUCGACUGGGUGCUGCGUGGGAUAUCCCAGGUGAUGUUUGUCAAUAAUCCCCUCAGUGGGCUUAUCGUAGUAGCUGGCUUCCUGGUACAGAAUCCAUGGUGGACGCUCACAGGCUGUUUAGGUACAGUGGUCUCAACCUUAACAGCACUUAUUCUGGGCCAGGACAGAGCAGCCAUAGCAGCAGGUCUGCAUGGCUAUAACGGGGUCUUGGUGGGACUGCUCAUGGCAGUCUUCUCUGCUAAGGGAGACUACCACUGGUGGCUUCUACUGCCAGUAGCACUGGUGUCCAUGAUGUGCCCUGUUUUCACCAGCGCUUUAGGCUCAGUCUUCUGUAAGUGGGAUCUGCCUGUUUUCACCUUCCCUUUCAACUUGGCCUUGACCCUCUAUCUGGCUGCAUCAGGACCCUACAACCUCUUCUUCCCUACAACCAUCAUUCAGCCUGCAACAGCAACACCAAACAUCACCUGGACAGAUGCUGAAAUGUCAAUGCUACUGCAAUCCAUUCCAGUCGGGGUCGGUCAGGUUUAUGGCUGCGACAACCCCUGGACUGGGGGAAUUUUCCUGCUUGCUUUAUUUAUCUCGUCUCCACUCAUCUGUCUGCACGCGGCAAUUGGAUCAGCAGUGGGGAUGCUGGCAGCACUGAGCUUAGCAACACCUUUUAGCAAAAUCUACUCCGGCUUGUGGAGCUACAACAGCUCCCUCUCCUGUAUCGCCAUCGGAGGCAUGUUCUAUGCGUUCACCUGGCAGACACAUUUGCUGGCAAUUGCCUGUGCGCUCUUCAGUGCCUAUCUGGGAGCAACAAUGACAAACAUGUUGUCUGUGUUUGGGGUGCCAUCAGGAACCUGGUCCUUCUGCUUAUCUGCACUGACCUUCCUGUUAAUAACCACAAACCACUCUGCCAUCUACAAGCUACCACUCUCCAAAGUCACCUACCCAGAAGCCAACCGAGCAUAUUACCUGAGGCAAGAACAGAGCAGAAAAGCAGAACUGUUUUUAUCCCUGAGGUAUCUGCACAUGUGCUGAAGUGGAGGGGGGCAGCAGGCAUGGAAAUAAGUUACACUGAUGUGCUUGAGAAAUAUGAGUUGGACUCAUAUUUCAUCUCGACUCAUCCAGACUUUCUCCACUGAAUAUGGUAAGCUUCUUUUUAAAUAUAUAAAUUGUUUUGAUUAUAUUUUGUCUGCAUGAAAAUUCCAGAUGAAAAAGCCUUUUCCCCUGACUGAUUCCUCCUGGAAGCUGAAGCGGUCUCUCACCUGCAAACCUCUGUCAAGUGCAAGCAAGGCUCGGGAGCAGCAGGUGCUAAGGAGGGAAUUACACAAGGGGGCUGCAAUCUUCACAGCUCCAGCCUAAACUCUGCUGGGAUCUCGUGGAAAGAUCCUUCACAGCAAGUCAAACCACCCAGCAGCUUCUGUCCAGUGUAGCUGGAAGCAGCAGCUCUAACGCUUUCCUGCCUCCCGGGGUGGCAAUUCUGCGAACAAGCAGGGAUUCCCAAGACUCACACAGGCUAACCACGCAAAACCAGUGCCGUCCUUCCAGCUGGAAGCACAUGGCGAGCCAGGGGACUUGAAGCCUACACUAUCGGCAGAGGAAUGUGACAAGAAAUGCGCAGAGGCACAUUGUUGUUACAACAAUCCUCCCGGAGGGGGCCGCUAACUGCUAUGUUGUGCAUUUACGUAAUUGAGCCGCGGAGGUAAGAGCGGGCCCAUUUGCUGUGCAACCGAUAAUCACACUGGCAGGUCCUGCGAGCUCAUUUGUUCCAUUGUCCUUUCACAGAAUGACGGCUACUUGUAAGACUCAGGGAAGCCUGUGCUUUUACCUGCAGCUGCGAGCGAGCACCGAAUGAAAUGCCCCCAAACACCUCCGACUUCAGGCACGUGGCAUCGUUCAUGGGCUCCUCAAACGCUCUGAGCCUAAUUUCUGCUGAUCACGGGAGAUGCAGCGACACACCGAUGCUGGGGAAGACAGCUGCUUUCACACAAAUCACAAACCAUCCAGGAUGUAAAUUCUUCUGGGAAGCCAUCCAAAAGCAUUCAAAGGAUAACUGCGAAUGACUUACACACUCAAACAGAAAGAGGGCCAGAGGCCUGAUUAUUCAAAAUAAUCAAGCCCAAGAGGCAGGUGAAUGAUUGCACCUCAGAGAAGGCAUGUGACUGUUCUUUCCCCUCUUACUAAAUCACAGCCUGAUCUUCCCACAGUGUGAUUACCAGUUACAGGGUAAGUAAUGCCUUCUGGUGGCUCUGUUCACCAACGUGGGCUAGAUCAAAGCCCCCCUCUAUGACAGUCACCUCCAGCCUACCCCUUCAGAGCCUGGCUGUGGACAGCGUUAGUCACCUAGCUUCCUAAGAGCAAGAGAAUCCCCCCUUCCCAUCUCACUGAAGAAAACUACAAUAUAGGAUAUGCAGGGCUAUGCAUUUUUCACUCCUUAGGUACUUAAAGACGUGCUACGAAGGUGUACAGUAAUCUUCAAACAAGCACAGAUGAGCUCGUACCCAUCGCAAUGCACUGUGGAAACCCCAGGAAGAGUUUACCUCCAGCCUUUGGGGACUGCAGAGCCUCUCUGCUUGACUUAGGGAAGGUCUGUGGGGAUGUCACAUGCGGAACAGGGAUCUGUGUGAAACCUGCCUGCCCCGCAUGCCAA